GCCAAGUCCCCCCAGCCCCCCCUGGAGGAAGAGGACGAGGAGUUUGACGACACCACUGUCUGCCUGGACACCUGUGAGUACACACACACACCUGCAGUAGUGCACAUUUUUUACUUGAACUGUGAAGUUCACAAGUGUGUGUGUGUGUGUGUGUGUGUGUGUGUGUGUGUGUGUGUGUGUGUGUGUGUGUGACCACAGAUAACAGUGACCUGCACUUCAAGGUGUCCCGGGACCGUUACAGCGCGUCAUCCCUCACCAUGGAGAGCUUUGCCUACCUGUGGGCUGGAGGCAGGGCUUCCUACGGAGUAGCUCAGGGCAGGGCCUGCUUUGAGAUGAAGGUGAGGAGAGAUAUCAUCAUCAUCAACAACACACACACACACACACACACACACGUGGUCAAUCAAUCAAUCAAUCGAACAAGUUUAUUUUAUAAAUCCCUUUUUACAUCAGCAGUUGUCACAAAGUGCUUUACAGAUACUCAGCCUAAAACCACUGAUGCCUCAAGAUGGUGAAGAGACAGAACAUCAUGACAAACACCCAUACACACUCCUCACCCUCGGUGUGUUCUCCCCAGAUCAUCGAGAAGAUCCCAGUAAAACAUAUCUCCAGUAAAGGCAUGGACAUCCACGAGGUUCUGGUGGGCUGGUCACUAGCCAAUGGAACACUGUUACUGGGUGAGUGAACCAUUAGACCAACCAAUAGAAUUCAGUGGACUCCUGAUAUCUGCUAAGGGAAACCUGUGGUGUGUUGUGCUGUUGUAUGGUAACUCCUUGUCUGACUGUGUGACUGUCUGCUUUGACGUCCUCAGGAGAGGAGGAACACUCGUAUGCCUUCUCUGCCAAAGGGAGGAAAACAACCAACUGUGUCACAGUAGACUUCGGAGAGUGCUUCGACGAAAACGAUGUCGUCGGAUGCCUGAUAGUAAGAUAUUUUAAUGAUCACUUUGUUUGUCACAUUUCGCUCAAAGAGCUAAAUAGCCACUUGUUGUCUCAAGAGAAGUUUCUAAAAAAAAACAUCAGCUAACAGAUAAAACUGCUGCUGCUGCUUUUUCCACUGAUGAUGAUGAUGUUUGUCCUCCCUCCAGAACUUUGAAGGCUCGGAGGUAGAGCUGUCGUUCAGUAAGAACGGUCAGGACCUAGGCGUGGCCUUCAAGGUGGACAAGGCAUCUCUGGAUGGACGGCCCCUCUUCCCUCACGUCCUCUGUCACAACUGUGCUGUAGAGUUCAACUUCGGCCAGAGGGAGGCACCACUGUUCGUCCCACCGGCCGGCUACUGCUUCCUACAGCAGGUCCCCGUGAGCAAGAGGGUCCGAGGCCCCAAGGGGCCCGACGCCAAGGACGACUGUGAGGUGAGUGCGUGCUGGAUUUCAUAUUAUUGAAUGCCCAUGUGGUAUUUUCGUUGCAGCCAUGAUUCAAAUGUCUCUUACUCUCCCAGGUGAUCGUGAUGGUAGGGCUGCCUGGCGCUGGGAAGACGGCAUGGGUCACCAAGCACACUCAGGAGCACCCAGGGAAAUACAACAUCCUGGGAACCAACACCAUCCUGGAGAAGAUGAUGGUGAGUGAUGCUGAAAGGGAAAGGACAGUUCUACAGUUCAGCAGUUCAGCUUAAAGGGACAGGACAGUUCACCUUAAAGAGACACCUCACCGUAAAGGGGCAGUUCAGCUGAAAGGGACACCUCACCGUAAAGGGGCAGUUCAGCUGAAAGGGACAGCUCACCGUAAAGGGGCAGUUCAGCUGAAAGGGACACCUCACCGUAAAGGGGCAGUUCAGCUGAAAGGGACAGCUCACCGUAAAGGGGCAGUUCAGCUGAAAGGGACACCUCACCGUAAAGGGGCAGUUCAGCUGAAAGGGACAGCUCACCGUAAAGGGGCAGUUCAGCUGAAAGGGACACCUCACCGUAAAGGGGCAGUUCAGCUGAAAGGGACACCUCACCGUAAAGGGGCAGUUCAGCUGAAAGGGACACCUCACCGUAAAGGGGCAGUUCAGCUGAAAGGGACACCUCACCGUAAAGGGGCAGUUCAGCUGAAAGGGACAGCUCACCGUAAAGGGGCAGUUCAGCUGAAAGGGACAGCUCACCGUAAAGGGCCAGUUCAGCUGAAAGGGACACCUCACAGUAAAGGGGCAGUUCAGCUGAAAGGGACAGCUCACCGUAAAGGGGCAGUUCAGCUGAAAGGGACAGCUCACCGUAAAGGGGCAGUUCAGCUGAAAGGGACAGCUCACCGUAAAGGGGCAGUUCAGCUGAAAGGGACACCUCACCGUAAAGGGGCAGUUCAGCUGAAAGGGACAGCUCACCGUAAAGGGGCAGUUCAGCUGAAAGGGACAGCUCACCGUAAAGGGGCAGUUCAGCUGAAAGGGACACCUCACCGUAAAGGGGCAGUUCAGCUGAAAGGGACACCUCACCGUAAAGGGGCAGUUCAGCUGAAAGGGACAGCUCACCGUAAAGGGGCAGUUCAGCUGAAAGGGACACCUCACCGUAAAGGGUCAGUUCAGCUGAAAGGGACAGCUCACCGUAAAGGGGCAGUUCAGCUGAAAGGGACAGCUCACCGUAAAGGGGCAGUUCAGCUGAAAGGGACAGCUCACCGUAAAGGGGCAGUUCAGCUGAAAGGGACAGCUCACCGUAAAGGGUCAGUUCAGCUGAAAGGGACAGCUCACCGUAAAGGGGCAGUUCAGGUUGAAGGUACAGUUACCCCAAAGUCAGAUGAUUCCAUACCUCAAAAUUCUCUAUUCUCCUUUGCCAGAUCGCCAGUCUGAAACGCCAAAUGAAGGACGUCAUCAAACUAACCGCCAUCUCCCAGCGUGCACCUCUUUUCCUGGGAAAAUUCAUUGAGAUCGCUGCUCGCAAAAAGCGCAACUACAUCCUGGACCAGGUAACCAUGGUUACCCACACUGAAGCUUUUAUUUUUGUGUAUCGUUUCAAUUGUCGUUGUUUUUGAAUAUUUAGAUGCCUUGUGAACAAACAAAAUUUUAUUAAGUCAGCAUCAUCAUGAGAAACAAAUACUACUCGGUUGUAUGGCAGUGUGAAAAUGGAAUGAUUUCAGUAGGUGUAUGGUUGGAUAUGACUUUAACUCUUGUACCUGUCUCUCUUCCCUCUCUCUCUCUGCCAGACCAAUGUGUCGGCCCCGGCCCAGAGGAGGAAGAUGUGUCUGUUUGCAGGCUUCCAGAGGAAGGCUGUGGUGGUGUGUCCUACUGACGACGACUACAAGCAGAGGACACAGAAGAAAGCCGAGACGGACGGGAAAGACGUCCCCGAGCACGCCGUACUCAAGAUGAAAGGUGAGCUACAGCAGCCUAGAACACCUGACAGCCAUAACACCUGUUACCUGUAUCAAUAACACAUGAGAGCUUACAUUACAUUUUAGUCCUUUGGCAGACACUUCUAUUCGGGCUGACCGACUGAUUUGGUAGGGGUUGAUAUAUCUGACUGUUUCCCUCCCUUCCCCCUGUAGGCAUCUACACCCUGCCGGAGCCAGGGGAUUGCUUCAGUGAGGUGAGCUUCGUGGAGCUGCAGAAGGACGAGGCCUCCAAGCUGCUGGACUUGUACAAGGAGGAGAGUCGCUCCGCCCUGCCCCCAGAGAAGAAGGCCAACCAGGGUGGCACGCCGCCCAAGAGAGGGGGCAACCACCGCGGCCGUGGGGGCAGAGGGCAGGGGCAGUGGGGAGGAGGUCAGGGACAGAGGGGGGGGCGAGGAGGCUUCCAGAUCAGAAGCAACUUCAGGGGAGGUGAGCAGUGUGUAUUUGACUCUGCAAGUAACUCUAAUACCUGAGGUGUAUGUCUGUAUGUUUGUGUACUUGGUAUGUACAAUAUAUAUAUUGAUCUGUGUGUUUGUCUCUGCCCAGGCCCAGGACCUCGUGGUGGAUUCAGUCGUCCUCCCAGAGGUUUCCUCCCUCCUCCGGCCUUCCGAGGGGGCUUCUCCAACCGGGGCAACUUCAACAGGGGGGGCGGGGGCAUGCCCAGCAGGGGGGUCGCACCUAGGGGUGGUCAUGGCAGGGUCAACAUGGGGAACAUGGGGGGUAACAGGGGAGGCAAUAUGCACAGAGGCAGCAUAACCCGCGGAGGAGGUGGAGGUGGAAGAGGACGUGGGGACAACAGGGGCAACUUCACACAGGUGGGUCACUAGUUACCUGAUAGUAUCCUUGACUACGACUACACCGAGUCUGACUAUCAGCUAGAGUGGAUUGUUGGAUUAUUUAAUUUCUAUAUAGGUUUCUGUAUAUAACAACAACAUACAGUACAUUUGUAUAACUCACCAAUUGUACUGGAGGUCAGCUGGCAGUCCCAGGUGUCUAAUGGCUGUUGUGUUUUCUGCAGAAGUUCAGAGGCAGAGGAGGCAACAAUCGCGGCUUCAACAAGAACAGCAACUUUGGCAUGAACAAGGCUCAGGCCUUCAACCAGAGCUGGCAGCAGGGGGUAUGUACUGCUCCUGAUGGAGCUGGACGUUGCACCUUAGGACCAAUGGAAUGGUUAAAAACUCUUACCUUUAACCUCUGUCUUCCAUCUUUAGUUCUGGAACCAGAAGCCAUGGAGCCAACAGUACCACCCAGGAUACUAC